AUGCAUCAUCGUACAAACUCAGUAUUACAACCUUUAACUCUCGAAACAGUUCACAACUAUUUAGAAUCUAAUAAUCCUUAUGCUUUGGUUUGUCGCCAUUUGAAUGAAGUAAGAACCAUCACUGCAAGAAUGCAAGGUAAAGACUUAGAUGAUUUUGGUUUUGAGUUUUUUGACCGUGAAGACGGAGACAAUAGAAGAGAAAAUAUUCCAUCCUCCUAUGAUGUGGCUGCAAUAUUCGAGACAACUGAUGGUGUACCGACAAGUAAUAGAAGUUUACGAGUUCAUCCUAAAACGUCAAACGGCUGUAAUCAUAUUUCAUAUUUGAGUCCACAUUUAGACCCUCUGGCUUAUCCAUUAUUGUGGUCUAAUGGAGAACAUAGAUGGAAGACCGGUAUGUUUCACAAUGAAAGUAGGGCAACAUCGGUUAGAAAUAAAGUAACUAUCCGAGAAUUCAAUUGCUCAAGACUUUUCGAAAGAUUUGAUUGGUUCAAUGCAGUUUUACAUUCUGGUAAACUAACACAGCAAAUAAUCGUUGAUUAUUAUUGUCGUCAUGAAAGUUCGAGACUAGAUUGGAUAAGAAGAAAUCAAGAAAAAUUGCGUAUAGAAACUUACGCAGGACUCUGUGAUGUCAUCAACUCUCGCGCUGAAACAGAAGGAAUUCGUGCUGGCGUGAUGAAAAUUUUGCCUAAAUUGUAUUUGUGUUAA